GAAGGGCGGGGUAAGUGCAGCAUGUGGUGUGAAACGUCCUCCAUAAGGAACAGCUUUCUCCCUCCGUCUCUCAUUCUUUCUCUUUUUUACGCCCUUUUUUGAUGGCGGAAACCAAGGGGUUAAUUUCAUGACGUCACUAUUCCCGGGGCGGUGACCUCAGAGGUAGGGGUGGGGGCGAGCUCGAGCUCCGCUCCGGGGAUGUGGGGGAAAGAAACAACUCGCCUUCCAGACUUAUGCUCCGCGUUGGAGACUAAAAUUAAAGACUUUUGAAAUUGUGGUUUUUAACGGACACAUUUUUGACAAGAACAACUUAUGUAUUUUGGUAAUGGAUUACUUUUUUUGCAAGGUAAAGCAGCUCUUUAAGUAAACAGCCUAUCGAAGCGAAAAUGUGUUUGUGUGUUUUUGUAGAGUCGUUCUUCAACAUUUCUCUACAUGCAGAGGGGGUAAAUUUGAUCCAUGCGUUGUAUAAAAAUGCCGAACAACUGAAACGUGAAUAUUUUACGUCGGCUUUCGGGCGAUCGAGUCUCAAAUCUCAACGCCAGUCUCCAAGUGCAAUAACGUCGCAAGGAAUGUCUUAAGUAAAGAAGUGCGCACUUUUAAAGUUAAAUGUUUCACGGCAACUGUAGCCUAUAGCUAAUGUACGCACCAGCGUUGCACGUGGAACUUUUUUGCAGCGUAGUCUGUGUGCAAUCGUUUGGAACACUACAUGUAAUGUAACGAAACGCAGUGGUUUGCGCGAUUACUUUGAUGAAGGUGGAGUUCUUUUUAGUGAGUGGGGGAGAGGUGGUCAAAACGGAAGAGCCGAUUCCAAGUAAGCUUAGGCUAAUGUCUCCGGAUGUUGGUGGAGAAGUCUCUCUCUCCCUCUCUCUCUCUUUCUACACUGCACGCUUCACCAAUGUAAUCAAACACACAAACAAAAUAAUUAUGGCACGAGGAAUGUUAGUGUUUUGAUGGUUUUGAACGUGCCCCCUCCCUAAAUAACCAAAAAGCAAGAAGCAAAGAUGAACGUGGAAAAAGAGAUUAGAUUUCGUUCGUCUCUCCAGCAAUUUUCUGUUUAAUGUCACUGAGCUCCAUUGUGGGAGAGGAGUACGCGUCACCCAGCCAUAAAUUUGUGAUUAUAGAGCCUCGAGGACAGUGUCGGUACUAUUCGAACGGCUUUGCAGUGCGAUGCACAAGUGAUCUGUGCUAAAAACAAGAGAUGAUGCAAACCAAACAGCUUAUAGUAGGCUUUCCCGAAAACCAAUAAAUGCUAACAGUUUUAGGACAAAGACGUAGGUUAUUUUGUCUGCGCUCGGUUAGGAGGAUUUUCAAAGCAGGACGAUUUUCGCCAGAAAGACGACUACAACUGCGAGCGAGAGAAACUUCUGAAGCCCUUUCAUUUUUUAAGAGCAGAAUUUCCAGAUUGAGGUGGUUUUGUUUGUCACACCAUUUGGCUUGAAUCAAUAGCGAUUCCUGGAUAUUUUCUUUCUUGGAUCCCCUGUCAGUUUAUGGAAAAUGAUCGGGAUAUACUUUUUGUGUCGGCAAAGCAAAUACUGUUCUGAAUGCAAGACCCAACUGAACCUUUCGAAGGGAUUAUAACAUCUGGGUGGUGUUCGAUGCCCACGGCUUUCCCACUGGAUAUCGGAUUUAUCGCUUUUCGACAGAAUGGAAGGCAGGGAGUUUCCUCCGCCGCCUCACCUCCUUGCUGAUCGGGGCGCGCUGGUUCACCGUGCCGCCUCUCGGAUAACUCCUACGGGGCACAGCUCCGUGCACCAUCCCGGCCACUUCCAGCCUGGAAAGUUCUACCCAUCUCACAUACCAAUGGCUCCACAUUCAGGCGGUGGCCUGAUGGGGAACUCCACGGGCUCCUUCAUGGGCACGUUCCUGGCCAGCAGCCUGGGCUCGCCCCCCUCCCACCCCUCCCACCACUCGGGGCCCCCCUCCUCACCCUCGUCGCCCUCCUUCCGGGGAGGACCCCACUCCAGCGCCUCCCAGAUCUGGUUCCCUCACUCACAUGAAGCCCCAGGGUACCCCCGCUUUUCAGGGAGCCUAGCCCCCACCUUCCUACCCAUGAGCGCCCUGGAUCACCAUGGCAACAGCAGCGUUCUCUACGGGCAGCACCGUUUCUACGACACACAGAAAGGUGACUUUGGAAGACGUUAUGAAUUCUGUCUUUUGUCUUCUGAAAGGAAAGACUGCGGUUUCAAGACUGGUUAUCUUUGUUUAUUUCUUCUUUUGAUGUUUUCCGUAUUCCUCUUUCUUUCUUUCUUUCUUUCUUUUCUUUCUCUCUUUCUGUCUUUCUUCUCAGCUCAAGAUUUUUAUCUCCGAGGCCUCUCGUCGCAGCCCUCUUUGCUCUCCACCAAUCACAGCCUCCCGGGCCUCACUCGGACCGCGCCCGGCCACCCGCUGGGAUCGUGCAGCCGAGAGCAGGACCCGGGAGGAGGUGGCGGAGGAGGAGGGGGAGGGGGAGGAGGAGGGGGUCCUCCCCAGCACAAGGGCUCUAAAGAGGGGUCGGCGGGCGAGCGAGGCGUGGCGUCCGCCGCAAAAGACAAGGAGAGGUCCGUCAGCAGCAAACAGGACGCCAAGGAGCGGCAGCAGCAACAGCAACAGCAACAGCAGCAGCAGCAGCAGCAGCACUCACAUCACCACGGGCAUCCGCUCCAGCAGGCGCACCCCCACACACACUCACACCCCCACCAACAGCACCCCUCCACACACAACCCCUCUCCGCUGGGGGACGAGGACCCCCGACACCCCCUGGAGAGGCACAAAGGCCUCCACCCGCACCCCUCCGAGUACAAGGAGGAUGCCGCCGGCGCCCAGGGGAAGCACCUGAGCCCCUGCCUGCACCUCAACGGCAAGAUGCAGAACGGGGACACGAGACCCAGCGCCAAGGGGUCGCCGCACCCCGGCUGCGUAGGGCCAGGGUCGGGGACCGGUGCCGGAGGUGCAGUGGGGGGGUCUGGGGGUCACCACCGGGGCAGUAGUGUGGGGGUGGGGGGCAGUAGGUGCUGUAAAGAGGGCGUGAGCGGGGACAUGAGGAUCAGCGAGCUCCCGUCGCCCUCGGAUUGCCUGAGGAGUGGGUCUAUGCUGGGCCACGCCCAUGCCCACGCCCAUGCCCACGCCCACGCCCACGCUCAUGCCCAUGUGCAUCCGCACACACACACGCACUCGCACGCCGCGCACGCACACUCCGCCGUGGCCUACGCCAUGGCCCCGCCCUCACAGCUCACCGUCCCGACCAUGGGAGGGGCCUGGCUGCCGCACCCCGGCCACACCCACCCUCACCCGCACCACCCCGAGCUCUACUGCCCCCCUCCCCCCGCGCCCCUCUCCUUACCCACCUCCGCCCAGGACAAAGGUCUCCCCGCGCCCUCCAGGGACCCCAAAGUGACGGGCCCCACAUUUGUGCCCUCGGUCAGCCCCCUGGGGGAUAAGACCAGCGGACCCUUCCAGCUGGGUAACCCCCACUGCCGCGGCACAGGCGGAGGAGGGGGUGGCGGCGGCGGCAUGGGCAUGUCCAGCGGAGGGUCGGGCAAGGAGGCCAAAGCUCCGGAGAAGCCCAGCGGGGGAGGUGGGAGCAGGGGUAGCGGCUCGGCGAACAUCCCCUCCAACCCCAAUCCUCCCCAUUCCCAUCCCCCCAGCAACUGCCAAAGGAAACCUGCCCAGCAGCAGCAGCACCAUCAGCAUCAGUCCCAUCAGCACCCACAGCAGGAGCCGCCGCCAUCGCAGCAGCAGAAGCAUUCCUACGGGAAGGCAGAUAAAGGUUCUGAUUGGUCGCACGGCUCUCAUCCGCACCAAGCACACACGCAUGCGCAGUUGCAUGCGCAGAGGCACGCGCAGUCGCAGCACCCGGCUGCGCGAUCCUGCGGAGCGGAGAGCGUGAAUGGCGGCGGCGGCGCUGGUGGCGGUGACGGCACGGACGUCUACCGGCCCUCGCUGCCCCAGGGGGCCAAAGCCGGUGUUCAUUCUUUGCCGCACAGCGGGGCCCAUUUGGCCAAGAGCGGACCUUACGCGAGCACGCCGCCCUUUCGGGACUAUUCUCACUCAGGUCGCCCGCCCAACGCUUCGUCGACAUCUUCAUCCUCUUCAUCGUCAACUGAGGGGAAGGGCAGCGGCGGCGGAGAGGGCAGGUGCGCGGUGACCCGCGACGGGCAGAAGGUCGCUAGGAUACGGCACCAGCAGCACGGCGCGUCGAGCUCAGAGCACACGCACAACGGGAAACACCGGCCGGAGGGGUCGGCAGCGCCCGCGCUGGUGUACGGCAGCCACGCGGCGGCCGGUAUACCCCCCAGCGGAUGGGCACCACCGCCCCCACCCCGCGGGCACCAUGACGACCCACACAAGGCGUACAUGGACUCGUUCAGUAACGGCUCCAGUUCUGGUCCUACUUCUGGAUCUGGUUUUGGUUCCACCACAAGGACCCAUGUGCCUCCGCACGCACCCCACGACCAGCAGCAUCAGCCCCCAGCAGCAGCCCCUCCCCACCAGAGGGACUCUUCAGCGCCCCCUAGUGACGGUGGUAGCAGCAGCACCGCCGGUGGUGGCAGUGCCAUGAAGAGCCUGAUGAAGUACAGCAGCCAGCCGCUGGCCCUCUCCCAGCAGAAGAGCCCCUUCGGGGGCCUGGGGUGCCUGAAGGGGCAACAGAACCAGGGGGCAAACCAGGGUGGUGGUGGUGGAGGCAGCGGUGGGAUCGGCGCGCUCCAGGAGGGGCACAAGCAGAGCCUGCCCCCGAGGAGGGGUUCGUCGUCAUCGUCGGUGGAGGGGGGCGAGCGGUCGGAGUGUGGUGGCCGGGCGAGCCGGGAGUCCAGCGACUCGACCGGCGAGAGCGAGGUGCGCCAGCCCCCCGUCGGGAUCGCCGUGGCGGUCGCCAGGCAACGGGAGCCCCCCUGUCGCCCCCCUGACGUGCACCCGAGCCACAGCCGACACGGCAGGGUGCUGCCCAGCAUGAAAGGUGUGCCGCGGUCCAUGUUCCCGCUGGAACGGGAGUUGGAGGAAGAGAGGAAGAGGAUGACGGAGGAGCAGCUGGGUCUGCCUCCGCUCGAACGCGACCGCGAACUCUUCAUCAGGGAAAACAAAGAACGGGUUGAGUUUGCCAGGAUCCACCCGUCCAGCAGUUGCCAUGGUGAUUUGACCUCUCACCUCAUCGUGCCGGGCGGAGCUUCCUUGCAGGCCAGCCAAUUAGGCGCAGACCCAUCUGCACACGCCCACCCUGCUCAUCAUCACUGGAUGCCGCGGACAGGAAGCACCUCCCUCUGGAUGACUGGACACUCCUACGGGCUGAGCCACGCGGCGCUGCACCAGAAUCUGGCGCAGGGCUUCUCGGCGGCCAUGCCCGGUGCCCUGCAGUCCGUGCUGCCCCUGCCUCAGGACCCGUCCGCCGCGCUGGUGGUCCUGCCAACCGAUCACAGCGCCCACACGACAGCCCACCACCUGGAUGUGAUGGAGCAGCCAGGUCUGUGGCCUCCCGUGUACGGUGCCCGGGGCCCCGCUUCGCACAUGCAGCAUCCCACUGUGUACUCCCGCUCCCAGUUUCUACGGCAACAGGAGCUCUACGCGCUGCAGCAGCAUCAGCACCAGCAGCACAGAGCGGCCCAAGCCAUGGAGUUGGCCCACCGACACACACACGCACAGCGAAAGUCUGAGGACCCUCCCAUGGAGUUGGACGACAACCAAUCAGAGCCCAGAACCCAGAAGCCCUUCUCUUACCCGUCAUCCAAUAGACACUCAGCAUCUCCGGGGGCGUGUCCGCCACCGCCGGCGGCAACGGCUCGGCUCUCCCCGUGCUGCCGCUCCCCUGCCGCCCUGCGGCCGCACCCCAAGAGCACCCCCUGCCCCGCGCCGAGCCCCGCCGUGGCGGCUCCCCGCUCCCCCGCCCUAAGCCCUGCGCCUCCGCACCUCCCCAAAGGGGCCGACCCUCAGGACCAGAGGGCCGAGGGCCAGCCGCCACAGGACUACCCACAAUCCCUUGAGCCUGUGUGUGUGUGUACAUCAAAACAGACCUGCCCCAAUGGUGAUCAGGGGUAUAAAUGUCUGGUGGAAUGCGGUCGCGUAGAGUUAGCGUUCCGUCAAAAGCUGUUUGGGUUAGGCGUAAACGUUAAAGCCCCUUUGGCCCUCGCUCGAGACGGCAACACAGCACUUGUUUAUACGGAGCACGGGGAAAGACCACACAUGGCUACGAAUCAAUCAACAACGUUUUCUGUUCUUUUUUUUCUUUCUUUUUUUCUUAUUUCUUUCUCGUUAUUUCUCUUUAUCUCUGUAGACCUUCCUCCGGGAUACACCUACCCGGCCAUCACCAUGGGUUACAAGGCUGGCCCCUCCCCUCAGGAAGUGCAAUUGGCCGAGCACGCCGGCAUGGAGGCGGAGCAAGCCGAGCUGGCAGAGCCCGCCCCCCAGCCUCGGGUCCUCCCUCUCCCCCAGGUGGGGGUGGAGCCCGGUUGCCAUGACAAGCCGUGUUCAGCCAGGACCGAGCAGGAAGUGCGGCAAGAAAGUGAAGAAGUAGCAGAAGAAGAACAGAAAGUGGGAGGAAAAGAACGAGAAGAGUCAGAAAUGGACAGAGGGGUGGCUGGGGUCGUUUGUGCCUCUGCCGAACCCUCCCACCACCACCCACACCCACACCCCCACCCGUACCCAUCCACACCAGCCCCUCCUCCUGACUCCCCCCGCGCCACCGUACCCCCCUUUGUCGUAGAGGAGCCCCACAGAGGAGAACCUACAGGACUCCUCCUCCAGGAGCCGUCUGCCACUGAUGCUCACCUCCCUGCUCCGCGGCGGGAGGAGAGGGAGGAGACGCAGGAGGCUGAGCAGCGGCAGCCAGAGGCAGCAGCCGGUCUGGACGGGGAACCCAGCCAGAGCCAGGACCAGGACCAGAGCCAAGCCCAGUCUCAGACCACCCACUGCCCAGACCUCACUGCCUCUCCUGCCCAGGACGAGGUGGAGGAGGUGGGGGCACAGUCAGAGAAGUGUGCUCCCUCUAGUCCCCCUGGUGUGGCCUCCUACGGCCCAGAGGAGGAGGAGGAGGAGGAGGAGGAGACCCACUCACCCCCGCGCACCUCCCCAGCGUGCUCUCCUUCCCUAGUAGGCAUGGCGCCAGCGGCAGCAGCAGGGCCACCCACCCCAGCGGCGGUGUCUGCGCUCGGGCAGCAGUACCCAGGCUCGUGCAUCUGGAGCCUGGAGCUCCUGAUCGCGGCGGCCCUGUGCGCCACGCGGGACGCCAACAACCCGUUCCCGGGGGCGGAGGUGGCGGCGGCGGCGGCACCCUCCGCGGCGUGCCAUCCUCACCGGGGCAUGGAGCUGCUGAGCGAGCUGGCAGAGCUGGACAUGCAGCAGCAGAGGAGGAGCAGCGCACAGGAGAAUGGAGGAGAUGACCAGCUGACCUUUGACCUCCAGAGCCUUGCUACACUGGCGGCGGCUCGGGCGCUGGAGCUCGCACCGCCAGGGGCAACAGAGAUGGGAGGAGCCAACCAGUGUCCAAUCCGCCGCACCCUCAACCUGCGCAGGAAGUGCAAGUGGACGCCACGCCACGAGCCGGUGUGUCCGGUGAAGGGCGCCAUGGAAACGAUGGAAGGGGAGGAGCUGGCGAUGCGUGUGCGCCUGGCUGAGCUGCAGAGGAGAUAUAAAGAGAAACAGAGAGAGCUGGCCAAACUACAGAGAAAACACGACCACCAGAAAGAGGAGACCUCUCGUAGUCCUGCUCGUCGAGGGCCUGGUCGCCCACGGAAACGCAAGUCUGGUUCCAGUGUUCCCGCUGAGCUUCCCAAAAGGGUCAAUACCCACACAGGAGCGCAUUCCGGGAAGGACCAAGUCAGUGAGACGUGUCGGACUCUGGCCCAGUUCUGGGGCGGUUCUGGCCCAGUUCUGGUGUGGUUCUGGUGUGGUUUCGGAUCUGAUGUGGCUUGGGUUCUGGAUAAGCGUCCGGAGUCUGUGGCACUUCUGACUGAAGGAACGCGAGUGUGUGCGUACUGGAGCGAGCGCUCCCGCUGUCUGUAUCCAGGAUACGUUCACAGAGGAGGUCCUGGGGAAGAAGAGAAGGAAGGUAGUGUAAUGGUGGACUUUGACGAUGGAGACAGAGGCUGGAUCUCUCUUCAGAACAUCCGUCUUCUGCCCCCAGGGUAUCAGGUCCACUGUGCGGAGCCUUCCCCUGCCCUGUUGGUGUCUCCCGGGAGACGCUGUCGCCGAAGCUCCACCCAGGAGAGGUCCAACCUGCUGACAGAGACUUCCAGGGACCCCAGCAAGGCCAUCCCAAAGGGCAGGCCAGGAAGACCAAAGGCGGUCCAUUCCGGAACAAAGGCGUGUGUGCCUGAGAGCGCGACAGGGAGCACCGUGCCACUCCUCGGGUGGCCCGCCGUCGCCAUGUCCAGGAAGAGACCGCUGGACCUCUUCCACUUCAACGGCAUGCCCAAGAAGGCACUGAGGGGUCGAGAGUCUGACCUGUUCCCCCUGGCGUCUGCCCCGAUGUCCAUGCCAACCAAGAGCAUCUUCAACUCGUCCUUCGAGGUGGAUUCCUUCAGCAGCAUCGCUAACGGUUACUCGUCGUUUGGGAGCCAGCAUCAGCACCACGGCCACCACCACCAGCAUCACCAUCAGCAGCAGCAGCAAGGGUCCAUUUUAAGCCUGGGCCACAAGAGCGCCCCCUAUAGCCGGGGGCGCAAGGCGGGCGACAGGAAGGAGUUCCUGGUCAAACUGGACCACGAAGGGGUGACCUCCCCCAAAACCAAGAACGGCAAGGCGCUGCUGCUUCUCGGAGGUCACGAGUCUGGCAGCUCCAGGAUGGAGAGGGGGUUCGGGGGGAAAGGUCUCGGAGACGUGCCCCACCAAGCGGGGUAUUCCCAUCCGGUGCUCCUGGUGAAGGACAGCAAGAAGAGCGGCGGCGGGGGCAGCGGGGGCAGCCGGGCCGAGGUGUUGAUGAUGAAGGACUCGGCCCAAUCGAGGAAGACCCACCCGGGCCUGGGGCUGGGCGAGUUUGGGGAGUACGCUACCCACGGGACCCACGGUACCCACGGGACGCACGGGACCCAAGACUGCCUCAGCGACUGCUCCUACACGGACAUGGACGAGGACGAAGACGAGGUGGAGGACGCUCAGAGGAGGGCAGCGCUGGCUGCGGCCAGAGGGGAGCUGAGGUCGGCCGGGCGCUUCCUCUCGCGUCUCUCCGUCUCCUCCUCGUCGUCGGGGUCCUCCAGCUCCUCCAGCUCAGGUUCGCUGUCCAGUUCGAGCCUGUGCUCCUCGGACAACGACUCGUCCUACAGCUCAGACGAAGAGGAGGCGUCCAGGCUGAUGCUCCAGGGUUGUCUGUCAUCCCGGCACCCUCUACUUCAGCAACAACAACAACAACAGCAACAACAGCAGCAAUCACAACAAUCACAACAGUCCUUAGAACCGCCCUCCGCUUCGGCGAGACAUGCUAGCUUCUCCUCCAAAGCCAUGGCCGUGUCUGGAUCCAAGACCGCGGCCACCAGCAGCGCGGCAAAGCAGGCCCGGAGGAAAGAGGCUCCCGGCGCUCCCGUCGUCAUGACGGCGUCUCCUACUAAAGCCAGCAAAGAGGCGCCCAAGCGGCAGAAAGUGUCGUCGCCCGAGAGCUCGCCAACCACGUCCCCUUUCGUGCCGGGCAGACAGCUGUGGAAGUGGUCUGGAAGCCCAACUCAGAGGAGAGGUAUGAAGGGCAAGGCCAAGAAGCUCUUCUACAAGGCCAUCGUGCGGGCCAAAGACACGAUCCGCGUGGGGGACUGCGCCGUGUUCCUCUCACCUGGGAGGCCUCACCUGCCGUACGUGGGCCGCAUCGAGAGCAUGUGGGAGUCUUGGGCCGGCAACAUGGUGGUGAAGGUGAAAUGGUUCUACCACCCCGAGGAGACCAAGCUGGGCAAGAGGCACCGCGACGGCAAGCAUGCCCUGUACCAGUCGUGCCACGAAGACGAAAACGACGUCCAGACCAUCUCCCACAAGUGCCAGGUGGUCAGCUGUGAUGAAUACGAGCGGCUCAGCCGAACCAGGAAGCCCAACAACAACAGCCAGGACCUGUACUACCAAGCCGGGACCUACGACCCAACCACCGGCCAACUGGUGACCGCAGACGGAGUGUCAAUCAUUUGCUAGAGGUCACAGGAGGAGACGCUUGGGAAUUACUACUGAAAGAUACCAUGACGGAUACCCCCCCCCCUCCCCCCACCCCCGAAUUUGAUAAUGGGGGACAAUGGGGGCUGAGGAUGACCCACAACCAAAGGCUGUCUGUGCCGUUGAUCUUGUUUGGCUCAAGACUAGGUACUUGUGUGUCCACCCUUCCCCAUCUCUCUGUGCGGAGAGAGUGGGGCUGGACGGUUCACACACCAGCUGUUGUGGGCGGCAGGAUUGGGACGCAUCCAUGGUGUCUGCAUCGGAGAGGGACAUAGGGCGAGAGUUCAGGACGGGAUGGGAUGCUAGAACCAGCCCAGCCCUACAGCCAAGGAAUGGAACUCAGACUACGCGGUCAAGCACUGGAGUCUUUUACAAGAGAAGGACGUUGAUACUGACCUUUGACCUUACAUUAAGAGAUAUGUAAAAAAAAAAUAUAUAUAUUAUAUAUAUAAAGAAAAAAAAAGAUGAAAAAAAAGACAACAGGUGUUCAAUGGGAGAACAGUCUUUGGGAAGUUAAAAUGGAGUCUCUCACUCCAUACACUGGUCUUACAGGUUUUUUUAAAUGCUCCAUCAGGACCAAAAACACUGUAGAACUGGGGUGUAAAACGGUGUUUGUACGUUGUACGUAUGAGAGUGUGAGGGUGUGUGUGUGUGUGUGUGUGUGUGUGUGUGUGUGUGUGUGUACGAGAAAAAAGGGGGGGAAGAUACUGUAUAUAAUACUGUAUGUGUGAGUGCCCAAGCGACCGCUGACUGGGAUAAGGGAUGCGUGUCAGAUCAGGGCCGUAUCCCUGCCAGAUCAGGCCAAAGUCGAGCAAGAGGUCUGCUACAAGCUGGGCACGCAUAAGUAUGGCCACAGAGGGACGUAGGGAGGACCGGUGCGGAGUAGACACUCGCGGUGACUCGCGGUGACUCGCGGUGACUCGAGCACUCCCGUCCUCCUGUGCCACUCGUCUCAAAAGCUCCAGUGGGGAUUUCCAGGGAUUGUUUUUGUUUCCUUUUAUUAAAAUGCCCAGAUAAUAAAAAAGUCGAUAGAUAAAUAAAUAUAUAUAUAGACAUAUAUAGAUAUCUCAGUUUAUGAACUGACUUUUUGUUUUAUCUUUGAACAAAAAAGGAAUGAUUUUUCCAAUCAAGCCAUACACUUCAGUACCUCUCUUUUACCCUCUUAUUCAGGUGUAUAGUUGUACAUUUGUUUUAUUAUUUACAUGUAUGUACAUAUAUAAAAAGGUAUAAACUGUAUAUAUGAUAUAAAUGAGGAGAGAAGUCUAUUUCUCUUUAUUGCCCUUGAUUGUGUUAUUUUUUUAAAACAAGGAGAACUGUUAAGUUUGGUCUGGGUAUUUUGUUUUUCUUUUAUUAUUUUUUUAUUUUCGCUCUCUUCGGAGGAUGAUGGCGGCCAUCUUUGCUGCCAUCCCUGCACUGCACACGACCUUUCAUUCUAACGAUCAAAGGUCGUGAAAAGUUGUAUAUUUGGACAGGACGGCAAGGUCCUGAGAAAAAGCAAGAGAGGCGGAGAGAGAGGGAGAUUGAGAAAAACAGAUGGCUUUCUAUGUUUCCCUCGGUGUUGUCUUAAUGUCUUCUAUCUGUUUUUUUUUAAACUGUUUCUGCUUUGAUUCACUUAUGGGUUUUUUUUUUCUCUUAUCGCAUAGUUGUCUUCAUGGGGUUUAGGGUGGAGUUAUGGCAGAAAAGCCCUUGGUGGAGUCAGAUGCUUGAGGACAGAAAAAGAGAGAGAAGAAGAAAAUUGGUAGUCAUUAAUCCUCUAGGAACACACAGACCUGAAGUCAUAAACAUAGUCAGAUGAGAUAUGGAAAGUUAUCCGGCCUUGACAGUAAACUGUCCAAACCAAAGCACCUGUCUAAGGUUACUUGUCAUUAGAAUGCAAUAAUAAUGUCUAUAUUAAAGAAAAUCAUCGAAUCAGAAAUUGAAAUGGGACCCCAUGCAAUGCUACUAGACUGAUGUACUUUAUCUAAAAGAAAAAAGACAAUGUGCAUAUUCACCGAUGUGCAUUGCAGAGUUUCUGCAGCUUGUGUGAAAUGGCGCUUGUACAUGUUGCCAAAACAGCCAGACGCAAUGUUGUGGUAAUGUUGCUAGGCAACAGGUGUGUUGGUAUACGACGUUAAUGUUGUGCUUACGACAAGGUCGGGGGAAGCACCCAAAGGGGUUCCAGUGGCGUAUGUGUACGGCACAACGUGAAGGACAAUCAGCGCCCUAAAAAGAUGGCGGUUUUUUUUGUUUUGUUUGUUUGGUUUUUUUAAAGGAUCAAGUUUAAAAACAAAUUGCUUCUCGUCACUUUUCCUCCUACUUUGCCAAAAAUGUUUCAUUGUUUUAUUUUAAUUUCUUCAUUUUUUUUCUUUUUCAUUGUCUUUGUCUAAAUUUUUUAUUUUGUUAUUGUCGCUGUACGAUAUGCAAGCCUGUGAAGACUGUUCAGUGUUGAGGGUGAAAGGAAGAGGAAAGAGAUGCCUUUUAGUUCUUGACGUCGACUAACUUUUUAACAACAUUGUUGCUGUUACACUGCAAAAAACAAAAAAAACAACAAAAAAAAAGAAAGAAAAAAAAAGAAAGCAAAAGCUUUAAAAGAAAUCAGAUGUGAAAAUCCAUGUAAUGUCACUUUUUUUGGGUCUAUAAAACAGAAAAAAAGGUAUUUUCUUAGAUAAACAAACAAACAAACAAACAAAUAAAUAAACACUGGAUUCAGCUCUGAAUAAAAUGAUGCUGGCGCCCAUCCUUUGCUGGGUGGAGCAGCCUGCCUGUCCCUGAGAGGA